UCCUCCUACACAAACAAGUACCUUUAAUUUUGCUUCCCUCUCUCUCUCUCUCUCCUCCAAUUAGGUUCUCUUCUCUCUGUCUCUCCAAUUAGGUUUUCUCUUGUGAAGUCUCUCUCAACUCCAGAGAUGAAUCUGUGAUGCUAGCCCUUGCAUAUCUUUGGUUGGCUACACCAUACCCUUUUACUUGAAGAAACAAAGAACAACCCACAAGAGAAAAAAAGGUACUUCACUAUUUUGUUCUUCUGAUCAGAAGAAACCCUAGAUCACAAACAGUGAAAAUGGCUUCAUCAAGCUCCUACACUUCCCCUUGUGCUGCCUGCAAAUUUUUGAGGAGGAAAUGCAUACCAGGCUGCAUCUUUGCACCUCAUUUUCCACCAGAGGAUCCACAGAAAUUCGCCAACAUCCACAAAAUCUUCGGCGCAAGCAACAUAAGUAAGCUCCUCAAUGAAAUCCUUCCUCACCAAAGAGAUGAUGCAGUGAGUUCCCUCGCCUACGAAGCCGAAGCACGAGUGCGAGAUCCAGUGUACGGUUGUGUUGGUGCUAUCUCCUUCCUCCAAAGACAGGUUGAGAAGCUCCAGAAAGAUCUAGAAGUCGCCAAUGCCAAUUUGAUUCACUGCGUCUGCAACGAACCGGCAUUGCCUAGAAGAAUGGGUAAUGAAGGAUAUCAAAACCCUUCUUUUCCAUUUCCUUAUUCUCUUCCAUGGAACGAUCACAAUAGCCCUUCUGGAGGAAAUGUUUGAAUUUUGAGAGGACUGUCACUCACUAUCCAUCUAGGGUUUGGAUCUGUCAACCUAUAUAUGGUAUGUUAUUGUAUUAUAUAUGUGGUUAUGGGUUUACUCGCUCGCUAGCUAGGCUCACAUGGAGUCUUCUAGCUAGACCACUGAGUCCUAUAAUUCCUAUUACUUAGAAAAAAUUGUUUGGUGGGUGUAGUAAUUGUGUGGAUAAAACUAUGAACUAAGUAAUUUAAUUAUGGGUGUGUUUACUGUGGGAUUAGUGACCUAAGUCUUUAGGGCAUGUUAAGUCUGUAGCUAGUUUUGAUAUUUUGUUGUGUCAUUGUAGUGCAACUCUCCAGAAAAUGUGCAUGGAAGGGUUCUUUAUAGUCUUCCAUUACACUAUAUCCAUACUAUUCAUAUAUAAUA